AUGAAAUUUUCUCUAAAAACAUUAAAUAUUAUUUCAAAACCAAAAAUAAAUCCGCGGGUAUAUUUUGCAGGUAUCCAACCAACCGGAGAACCACAUCUUGGAAAUUAUCUUGGUUUUAUUAAAAAUUUUCUUCGUAUUCAAAAUGAGGAACCAUCUACAACAAAAAUAUUUCUUUCUGUUGUUGAUUUACAUGCCAUAUCAACACAACUUUUUCCUAAAGAAAUAAUGAGAAAUAAUAUUAGAAGUAUGUUUGCUAGUUUAUUAGCAUGUGGAGUAAAUUUAAAUAAGACGGUACUUUUUAAACAAUCAGAUGUUUUGGAACAUACACAAUUAUUUUGGAUAUUAUCUUCAUGUCAAACAUUACCAAAUCUUCAAAGGCAACCACAAUAUAAAGAUAAAAUAAAUUUAUAUACUAAAGGUGAUGUACCAUUAGGAUUAUUAUCUUAUCCAGUUCUACAGGCAUCUGAUAUUUUAUUAUACAAAACUACUCAUGUUCCUGUUGGUGAAGAUCAACUUCAUCAUAUGAGUUUAGCAAGAAAUUUAGCAAGAAAAUUUAAUGAAAUUAAUGAGAUUGAUUAUUUUAUUUUACCUGAUGCUGUUCUUUCAAAAGCGCCUAGAGUCAGAAGUUUACAGAAUCCUUUAAAAAAAAUGAGUAAAUCAGAUGCUUCAAAUAUAUCAAGAGUAGGAAUAUAUGAUACAGAAAAUGAUAUAAGAAAAAAAAUUCAAAAAGCAGUGACAGAUGGUAUUGGUGAGAUAUAUUAUGAUGAUAAAGAAAGACCUGGUAUAAGUAAUUUAUUAACAUUGUUAGCUGAAUUUGAAAACACUACAAUAGACGAAGUUAGUAAAAAUGUUAAAUCUCUCAAUAAAUUACAAGUUAAAUCAUAUAUAAGUGAUAAAAUUAAUAAAGAAUUACAACCUAUUAGAGAAAGAUAUCAUGAAUUAAUAAGAAAUCCUAAUGAAAUUGAUAUUAUAAUAGAUAAUGGUAGAAAAAAAGCUAGUGAGGUUGCUUCUAAAACCCUUAAAGAAGUUAAAGAAAUUAUAGGAUUUACAUGA